CGCAGUUCACUCGGUCCACCGGCGCUCGUCACGAGACUUCGACCCUCCUCCCUCCGGCUCUACGCUUCGGGCCCGCCCGACCACCGCCUGCGACCGGCGCUCCAGGCGAGGAGAUCGCGAGACUUCCGGACACUCGGAGAAGGCUGACGAAAGGGGUUCCCAGGAUCCCGAGAGGCUUCGCAAGUAGGACCGAGCCGGAACCAAGAUGGCGGCCUUCGUCGCGAAGCAGAUGGUCGGGAACAAGCUUAACGCCGUCAAGGGGGCGGUGGGCGGUGAAGGAGGCGAUGAAGACGACAAGGAGAAGGAGGAGGAGGCCGAGAGGGAGCGACAGGAGGCCAUCCGAGAAGCCGAGGAGAGACGGAAGGAGAAGCACCGUAAGAUGGAGGAGGAACGAGAAAAGAUGCGACAAGAGAUCAGGGAUAAGUAUAACAUAAAGAAGCGGGAGGAGGUGCAGGAAAUUCCCCAAGAAGAGCCCAACCCUUUGAUGCGCAAGAAGAAGACCCCCGAAGAGCUGGCGGCAGAAGCCGAAGCGGAAGACGAGGACGAGUUCACCAAGCUGAAGAACACGAUAGAGACGCAGGUGAACGAGAUCAAGACGCAGAUCGAAAGUAAAUGCAGCCUCCAAUGAGUCCAUGGCAUCGUGCGGUCCACGAGAACGGCACGGUGCGAGAUGGCGUUCCCGUUCGCCUACGAGUCCUCCCCAAGGCCAGGCGAUGGCCCCAGGUUAGCCGAGGUCGAGGUCAAGGCCGCCGAGUGGACCGGCCGUGCCGUUCCGGUACCGGAAGUGCCGACGACCGUUUAGCCACCGACGGUGAAGGAGUCGAAGAGGACCAGCGGAGGAAGAGAGAGGGACUCGACCUCGACCCAAAGCCAAUCCGAUCGAAGAAUUUCAAGCCGGACAUCUGGAAAGAAAAUCCCCGAAGAAGAUGCCGAGGAAGAGGCAAGACCCCCUCCUAUUUCCAGCGGCAACGAAACGAGGAAGAGGACGGUCGAGGUCGGGGAGUACCCUUCUCUCCUCUCUCGACAAGGAGAUGAGCGGGAGGACCUCGUACA